AAUUUAGGAUAUUGCUCAUAUAUGUAUUGGAAUGAAUAUAAAUUUUGAUAUAUAUAAUAAUGUAAUUUUAUGCAAAACCAUUUGGUAGCAGAGUAUGUUGUAACUAGAAAACAAUCAUGGCGACUGACGGCCAAAAUUUAGACGAAAACGAGAAGAAGAUCGUGAAUGAAUUCUGCCACCAUUUGGAGAAGUCAAAACAAUUAUUUAAUGGUCUCAGAGAUUUACCCCAGUAUGGACACAAGCAAUGGCAGUCUUAUUUUGGUCGCACUUUUGACGUCUACACCAAGUUGUGGAAAUUCCAGCAACAACACAGAGCAAUUCUGGACUUCAAGUAUGGCCUAAAGAGAUGGCAAAUUGGAGAGAUUGCAUCCAAGAUAGGACAACUUUAUUAUCAUUAUUACCUGAGAACGAGCGAGACCAACUACCUGAACGAGUCGUUCUCCUUCUACUCUGCCAUCAGAAUGAGAGCUUACUACUCCAAAGCCAGUAAAGAAGAACGACCGGACCUGAUGGUGAAGAAGUUGCGCUAUUACGCACGGUUCAUUGUGGUGUGUUUGCUCCUGAAGAAAAUGAAGCUAGUGAGAGACUUGGUCAGGGAGCUGGCCAAACAGAUCGACGACUACACGGGCACGUACGAGCCGGAGGAUCAGAUGGAGUGGAACCUGGUGCUGGGCGAGAUCAAAGCUUUCAUCGAGGUGAAGUUCAGCGAGUUGACCUUGGACAUGUUCCGCAUGCUGCAGACGCUGGAGCGAGAGCCGCAGGACGACCUCACCAACCAGAUCUACGACACUUCCCCCGCCCCGGGCCGGACGCCUUUUGAAAAUGGUGACCGCACGAACAAGCGCGACAACCCUCACAAGUACCUGCUGUACAAGCCCACGUACGGACAGCUCAACACGUUCCUGGCCUCGGCCUUCAAAGAGUUGCCGCCCAAUGGCGCCAUGGUUCUCUACAUAUCGGCAGACGGUUGCCCGGGCAACCAGAAGCACACCGACGAUUACCAGCAGCUGAAGGGCAACCUGUUCACGCUGUUCCUGCACAGCCCCCUGAUGGCCAUGUGCUGUGUCUGCAGCAUCUCCGACAUCCCCAUCAGCCUGUGGGACAAGUGCCAGGCGCAGGUCGACAAGUUUGUCGCAGACGCCUCGCGACUCUUUAGCCGCGCUCGCAAACUGGACCACGCCUACGUGCAGUUCCUGGGCGACGACUUCCUGCGACUCCUGCUGCUCCGCUUCGUCUUCUGCUACAUCGUGCUCAUCUUACACCGCGGCUUUAAGGGCCCCAGUUACUACCCCGCCUCCCACCCUGCCCUCCCCACCGACGAGAUCUUGGAGCACCCGGCCCUGUACAAGCUUGUACUUGACCUUGCCAGCAUGCUGGAGGUCAGAGGCCUGUUCGCGGAGCCCGGCGACGUGGAUAUAUCGGCAUAGACCUGGAGACUGGGGGCAGCUGUCGCUAGGUGCUUGGGCAUUUCUUCACAUCUGUCUUUACAUUUCACGUCUGCAUUGGGUUGUUUUUUUAAAAUAAGGAAAGUUUUGAGAA